AUGGUGGACCAUCUUGCAAACACCGAGAUCAACAGCCAGCGCAUUGCUGCUGUGGAAAACUGCUUUGGGGCUUCUGGACAGCCCUUAGCCGUGCCGGGAAGGGUCCUGCUAGGAGAAGGGAUUUUAACCAAAGAAUGCCGCAAGAAACCAAAGCCUCGCAUAUUCUUCCUCUUCAAUGACAUCCUCGUCUAUGGCAGCAUAGUCAUCAACAAAAGGAAGUACAAUUCCCAGCACAUCAUUCCCCUUGAAGAUGUCACUUUGGAGACGCUGCCAGACACUUUACAGAUGAAGAACCGCUGGAUGAUUAAAACCUCCAAGAAAUCCUUUGUGGUUUCUGCAGCCUCCCUGACGGAGAGGAAGGAGUGGAUCAGCCAUCUGGAGGAGUGCAUCAGGCACCUGCUGACAAAGACAGGCCGGCAGCCCUCCACAGAGCAUGCAGCUCCCUGGAUUCCAGACAAGGCGACGGACAUCUGCAUGCGCUGCACGCAGACCAAGUUCUCCACGCUCACACGAAGGCACCACUGCCGCAAGUGCGGCUUUGUUGUCUGCGCAGACUGCUCCAGGCAGAGGUUCCUGAUGCCUCGGCUGUCCCCCAAGCCCCUGAGGGUUUGCAACCUGUGCUACAGGCAGCUGCUGGCGGAAAAGAAGAAGGAGGCGGAGGCAGAUUGCAGGCAGCAGGAGCCAAUCUGCUCUGCCAUCCCUGGCUAUGAACCCUCCAGUGGUGAUGACAGCGACAAGUCUGACGAUGACAGAGCUGACCACUGGCCAGCAGACACUGAGUUUUAUACCUCAGAAGUAUCUUGGUCAUCUUUCCAUAGCUGA